AUGGCCCCGACACCUCAAGACAACAAGAUACUAGAAGAUGUACCCAAGCAACCUGUCAUCGGCGAAAGGGUUGUAAUUUCCGGAAUGUCUGGCCUGUACCCUGAUUGUAAAUCUGUUAAGGAUUUGGCAGAUAUUUUGUAUAACAAGAAAGAUCCAAUAACAUCCGAGCGUCAACGUUGGAGUUAUUCCCACCCUGAAGUGUCACAAUGCACUGGAAAGCUCCUUGAUCUUGACCGUUUCGACGCUCAAUUCUUCAAGGUACAUUUUCGUCUUGGAAACAGCAUGGAUUCAAUGGGAAGAAAAGUGCUGGAGCAAACAUAUCAAGCAAUAUAUGAUGCCGGUGUUAGUCCACAAGACCUUAAUGGAAAAAAAGUAGGAGUGUACAUUGGGACAUGUUUCUCUGAAACUGAAAAGGCUUGCUUUUAUGUAGCAAGCUCUAGGACAGGUUUUGGCAUUGCAGGGUGCAGCAAAACUAUGUUUGCAAAUCGUAUUUCAUACUGGUUGAAUGCCAAAGGACCGUCGAUGGCAAUAGACGAAGCUUGUUGUAGCUCUACUGCAGCAAUUGAGCAGGCCUACCUUGCCAUCACUCGAGGGGAAUGCGAAGCGGCUAUCGUUGGAGGAACUAACCUAUGCCUUCAUCCACAUUCCUUAAUUCAUCACGGAAGGCUCGUGACUAUUUGCAUGGAUGCGAAAACGAAAUCCUUCGAUCAAAACGCCGAUGGUUGUGCCAAAUCGGAAGCUAUAAACGUUUUAUUUCUUCAGAAGGCCGAAAAUGCGCUCAGAGUUUACGCAGAAAUUGUUUUUGUGAAAACAGAAUUUACGGCUUUACCGAAUGCCGUAACCGGACCAAAGUUUGGAUUUUGUCGUGAUCCAGAAGUCAUUGCGAAUUUCCUCAAGAAAUUUUAUGAAAAUGCUGGAGUGUCACCUGAAGCUGUCGAAUACGUAGAAGCUUUUGGGUCAGCUGUAUCUGAAGCGGAUCGAUCAGAACUAGAGACUAUCGAUAAGGUCUUUUGUAAUAACAGAAAUGAUCCUCUACUGGUCGGCAGUGUGAUGUCAAACAUAGGAUACAGUGAAGCUGCUACCGGAAUCUCCUCCAUUACAAAGGUAUUACUAGGAUACGAAACAGGUGUACUAGCAGGUAACUUGCACUAUACAACACCUAGAGCUGAUAUCAGUGGAAUCCGGAACGGAAGGAUACGCGUAUUGAGUGCAAAUAUGCCGUUCAGUCGCAACUAUACAGCCGUCAAUGGCAUCUCAGUGACUGGUGUCAAUUCUCAUGUACUUUUGAAAGGACACUAUAAACCAAAGGAUCUCAGCCGCUACCAGGCUAGUAUACCGUAUUUGGUGACCAUUUCGGGAAGGCAAGAUUCGGCUGUUAAAAACCUUUUGGGUGACUUAAAAUCACGUCAAAUAGAUCCGGAAGAAAUAGCCCUAUUACAUAAUAUUCACCAAACAAACAUUUCCGGUCAUAUGGGACGGGGAUUCGCGAUUUUAGAUACAAACGACGAGCAGAAAACUAUUUGUCUAAAAGAAAGAGCAGAAUACUUUGACGAUAGAAAACGUCCAUUGUGGUUUGUGUACAGCGGGAUGGGAUCGCAAUGGCCUACGAUGGGAUCACAACUAAUGCGGAUUCCCACAUUUGUGGCUUCUAUUGAAAGGUGCCGAAAAGUAUUGGAACCUAAAGGGGUGGACAUUGUGCACAUACUAACAUCUCCCGAUAAAGCAAUUUUCGACAACAUUUUACAUUCGUUCGUUGGGAUAGCUGCUGUUCAGAUUGGACUUACUGAUAUUUUAAGGGCACUAGAAAUAAAACCAGAUAAAAUAAUCGGUCAUAGUGUCGGUGAGUUGGGGUGCGCUUACGCGGAUGGGUGUUUAACAGCAGAAGAGAUGAUACUAUCGGCGUACAGUCGUGGUCUUGUUUCGGUACAGACUCCAUUCAUACGAGGUUCCAUGGCUGCCGUUGGGAUAGGACAUCAAACGGUAUCAGCGAUGUGUCCAACUUCUAUUGAAGUAGCUUGCCAUAAUAGCUCAGAAUCAAGCACAAUAUCCGGUCCCGCUGAAGAUAUGAAAAAAUUCGUCGCAGAGUUGGCAGCUAAAGGAAUAUUCGCUAAGGAAGUUCCAUGCUCGAACAUAGCCUAUCAUUCAAGAUAUAUUGCAGAAGCAGGACCUACUCUAUUGGAAUAUUUAAAAGGAGUAAUUAAAACGCCAAGACUACGAAGUGAUCGUUGGGUUUCUACAUCGGUUCCUCGGCACAAAUGGAAUGAACCUGUUGCUAAGUAUUCAUCUGCUGAAUACCACACUAAUAAUUUAUUGGGCCCUGUUUUAUUUGAAGAAACUACCAAUUUAAUACCAUCGAAUGCUGUGGUCAUUGAAGUAGCACCUCAUGGCUUACUUCAAGCAAUACUUAAACGCUCAUUGCAUUCAGAUUGUCGUAAUAUAGCUCUAACACGAAAAGCGCAUCCAGACAAUGUAGCAUUCCUACUUGAGGCUGUUGGAAACUUGUAUAUGGAAGGCUAUAAUCCAAGACUACAGGAAUUAUAUCCGAAAGUAGAUUUCCCAGUGGCGACUGGAACACCAAUGCUGUCCCAUUUAGUGGAAUGGGUCCAUACCGAAAAAUGGCCAUUACCGCUCUAUAUGUCGGCCCAUAGAAAAACUGCUGCUUCCUGUAAAUUUAUUAUUACCAUUCAUGAUGAUGAAAAUAAGUAUUUGAGUGGAAAUCAAAUAAGAGGUAAAACUUUGUUUCCAUUUGCGGCUGCAUUAGUAGCAGUAUGGGACACCCUGGCUAUGACAAUUCAGGCUCAACGAAAACAAAUUUCAGUAAAGUUCCAUGAGAUAAAACUUUACUCUGAACCGACACUUCAUGAUCAGCGUCAACUAAGAUUGACUGUAGCCCUGCAUAGGGGCACGGGAAGAUUUGAGCCGAGGGCCCAAUUUUUCGAAGUGAGCGCGGAAGCUCCACCGACCGUCCAGUUCAAGGCCGAGGUACCGAAGACCGGUCACCCCGACCCCGACGCGGACGCCUCCGAUCACGAGGUGGGCACCCAGAGGCGGCGCUCGUCCCGGCCCGUGAAAGAGCAGGGCCUGGGUUUUGUCGAGCGCCACCUCGAGCCCCAACCGUCGGAUCCUGGUGACGACGUGUGCCACGCCUGCGCACGCCAGACGGGCAGACUCCCGGUAGUCCCUCCCCGGAGCCACGACCAACGUGUCGUCGGCGUAACAUAUUACGCUCAGCCCGGGGAGGGGACCCCGAAUGACGCCCCGCAGGACCCAGUCGUAGCCGAUGUUCCACAGCAGGGGGCCCAGGACAGACCCCUGCGGAACACCGCGCUCGACAUAAGUGCAUUGUUAGGAAGCAAUUGCCACACGCCUUUGCCACAAAAAUUUAAUUACAACUUUAAGCUGGAAACUUCUAAGAUUGGAAACAUUCACUCACUGCAGUGGAUGCAAGAUUCGCAACAUUUCAGUUCUGGAAUUGAAGUCAAGGUGCAUUAUGCUAGCAUAUCGAGACUAGAUGUAGAAAAGGCCAUAGGUAUGAUGAAUAAGGCUGCAAUAGGAACUGAUUCAGAUGAAAAUCAUUUUGGUUUCGAAUUUAGCGGCGUUACAAAAAGUGGCGAACGCGUCAUGGGUAUUGUGGUUGAUGGCUCAUGUAAGCGCACGGUGAGCGCACGUCCAGAUCUUCUGUGGCCGAUUCCUGAUCAUUGGGAGUUUGAAGAAGCCGCUACUGUACCAAUGGCCUACAUGACGGCGUUUUACUGUCUCAAUUCGUGUGUU